GGAACAGAAAGUCAUCGCUGCUGCGGCUGAGUUGCGCUCCCGUCUGUUUACCGACCCCGGAGGUGAAAAUAGUCCCUGUUUACCGUUUCUGCAUCCGACCCCCGAGUUCAGCGCAACACAGUCCUGCCUAAACACCAAGGGGGAGGCGGCCAUGGAGUCUCACGGCAGGGACGACGUGAAAGGGCCGGUGCUGCACAUCGUGGUGGUUGGAUUUCACCAUAAAAAGGGCUGUCAGGUUGAAUUCUCCUACCCUCCCUUGAUGCCAGAUGAGGGUCAUGACAGUAAUCUGCUGCCCGAGGAGUGGAAGUACCUCCCAUUCCUGGCUCUGCCUGACGGGGCACACAACUACCAGGAAGACACUGUGUAUUUUCACCUGCCGCCUCUCAGCGGAGACAUGAAGUGUGUGUACGGAGUUUCCUGUUAUCGCCAAAUAGAAGCAAAGGCCCUGAAGGUCCGGCAGGCUGAUGUCACCAGGGAGACGGUUCAGAAGAGCGUCUGCGUCCUCAGUCGAGUGCCUCUCUACGGGCUCCUCCAGGCGAAACUACAGCUCAUCACACACGCCUACUUUGAGGAGAAAGACUUUUCACAGAUCUCGAUUCUAAAGGAACUCUACGACCACAUGAACAGCUCUCUGAGGGGUUCGGCUCUGGAGGGAUCACAGGUUUACUUAGGGUUAUCACCAAGAGAUUUGAUACUGCACUUUCGACACAAGGUCCUCAUCCUCUUCAAGCUCAUUCUGCUGGAGAAGAAGGUCCUGUUCUAUGUUUCUCCUGUCAACAGACUAGUAGGAGCUCUGAUGACAGUUUUAUCACUGUUUCCAGGUAUGAUCGAGCACGGCCUGGUGGACUCGUCCCACUACAGACCAAAGAGCAGCGUGUCGGAGGACCUGAGUCUGGUGGAGAGCAUCUCCGGAGCUGAGGAGUUCGUCUCCGUGUCCGUCACCGACAUCGGAGACACCAACCUGGAGCUGGAGGGGGAGGAGACCGCCAGGCCUGCUGCAGAGUCUCUGACCUCUGGGAACAGCGCAGAGGGGGACAACCACCUCCUCAAACCCCCGUCACGGACCUCUCCAGAGUCCUCAGAGAGCGACUGGGAGACUCUGGACCCCAGUGUCUUGGACGAAGGUGGUCUUAAAGAGGCAUCUGAGGGGAAGGAGACUGGGUCAGAGCUACCGGACGCCUUCGACUCCAAACCGGGGACGCCCAUCACUGUGCAGCCUCAGGCGGUCGGCAGUCAGGGAGGGGUCGUCCAGGGCCUGGUGUCCGGCCUGGAGGAGGAUCAGUACGGUCUGCCGCUCCCCAUCUUCACUAAGGGUUACCUGUGUCUGCCCUACAUGGCCCUGCAGCAGCAUCACCUCCUAUCAGACGUGACGGUACGAGGCUUUGUUGCCGGGGCGACCAACAUCCUCUUCCGCCAGCAGAGGCACCUAAGCGAUGCUAUAGUUGAGGUGGAGGAAGCUCGAAUCCAGAUCCAGGACCCUGAGCUCCGGAAGAUCCUGAGUUUGACGACCGCAGACCUCCGCUUCGCCGACUACCUCGUCAAACACGUGACGGAGAACCGCGACGACGUCUUCUUGGACGGGACGGGCUGGGAGGGCGGAGACGAGUGGAUCAGAGCCCAGUUCACCCUCUACCUCCACUCAUUACUGUCCUCUGCGUUACAGCAGGAUAGCGAGAGGCUGCUGGCAGAUUACGGCGUUCCCUUCAUCGCAGCGUGGAAGAUCACCCACAACUACCGGGUGUGGUUCAGCAACAAGCACCCCGCCAUGGCCGCCAUCACCCCGGGACACCCGUUCCAGGGACAGUACAGCGUUGCUGAUGUGAAACUACGGCUCUCACACUCUGUGCAGAACAGCGAGCGAGGGAAGAAGCUCGGAAACGCCAUGAUGACCACCAGUCGCAGUGUUGUGCAGACGGGGAAGGCCGUGGGUCAGUCAGUGGGCGGAGCGUUGACCAGCGCCAAGUCGGCCAUGUCCUCUUGGUUCUCCACACUGGCCCAACCUGCAGCUGUAACCCCCCCGGGCUGUCCUGAGCCUGCAGCUGAGUUCAAACCGUGACCACCAGUGUCCCCCAAAACCCCCACUGACUCUGUCCCCCAUUGUCCCUCUGAUCCUCUGGUCACUGGUCAGAUUCUUUUCCCAGCAUCAUAUUAGCAGGAUGCCUCUGGACGGGAAGGCAGCACUGCCGUUUCACCAACUGUACAGUCCAUAUCCACUGUGAGGCAGAGACCGCCAGCACUGCCACAUCAGAAUCAUAUCUGACGGGCUGUCCCACACAGCUGCAGUUUGCAUUGCGGGACGCUGUCCUGUGAGACACUACAGAUGCUGGCGUUGGGUUUGCAGUGUUCUCUCUUUGCUGCGUAUUUCCAGAGCUUGUCUGUGAAGACGGCUCUUUUGCUGACAGAGUAAUUAUGUAAAAAAAAAAAAGUGUGUCACGGGAUUUGACAGAAGAGCAUGAGCUGUGGAACCUCUGCAGAUUUUUACGGUUUAGAUUUUAAAUUUAGUCUGACUCGUGUUUUCCUGACGCCUCUGUAAUAACAUUGUGGUCGUCUCUGUAACGGCGUGAACUCCUGGGUGUUGGUAUUAUUGUGUAAAAAUUCAUGUUGAGUGGCUCCAGCGAGGCCGCCACUAACAGCUGUUUUCAUUAUUCAUUAUUUUUGUUUAAUUUUCAUCUUUUGUUUUUAAGAUCUCGUCUAAAAAAUAGUCAGAAAAAAAACAAAACAAAGAAUGUCAUCAGUUUCCAGGGUGACAAUGAAAAAGCCGAGAGCUAAAAACAAUCAGUCAAAUAAAUUAUUCAUCAAUGGAAAGAAGUUUCCAGUUCAUCGUUUCGGUCGUUUCCUGUGGAGAAGAACAUGGGAAAUGAAAAGUGAUUAAAAUGUGUGCCAAUACAAAUAAAUACAAAAAUUAACACAAGCUACUGAGACAAUGUGAUGACAAAUGUUGAACACUGUUACAGAAAUAACCACAACGUUAUUACAUGAGUCCUUGUGAACCUAAUGCCUGAUUUUGUGCCCUGAUAAACGAUAAAAACCUCCAUUAACUGUCGAGGAAGCUGCACCCGGCUGUGUGUUUGACGGGGUCUUACUAACCCACACCCUGGCCUUUUUGUACUUUGCUGUCAGUAUAUAAAUAUUGGGAGAACUAUAUUUAGUAAAUCUGAAGAUAUUAUAAAUUCAGAUAACUUAUUUAUUUGUUGUGUAUGAACUUGUUAUCUCAUAAAUAUCCAUGUUUUGUCUUGACAACACUGGAACAAAUCCUAAUCUGUGGACCACUGUGUUUAUUUGCACAAAGCAGCCAUUAUGUUCUGCUUCUGUGAAUCUUUAUCUUGUAUAACUGUAAUUUUGAGGUGCUUACACAAUCUUUUCCCUCCAUGCUACAAAUAUGCGGUUGGAUUAAAAGUGGUCCAGUGAGCAUGCUCUGUCCAUAUUUUAAACAUUUGCUCUUCAUUUUGUUUAGUUUUUUUUUCUUCAUGCUUAUAAACCUUGUUUGGCCAUCAACUCAUUUCUGGAAUUUGCUUUUGAUUGCUGGAUGUUUGAGAAAAUAUCUACUGCUUUUUCUUUUUUUUUACCCUCUGAUGAUAUAUUUUUCAUUUUGUAUUUAAAAGAUAUGAAUGUAUUGUGAAUUCAGAUUCACAGAAUAUUUUCUUGACAGAUGCUUUAAUGUAUUUGAGAAGAAGUGAAACUAUAUUAUAUUGCUGUAUUAAAAAAUGAUUAAAAUACCGCAGCUUUUAUUUUUAGUGGA